AUGGCCAAAGCGACGUCGAAAAAGCAGAACAACCGGGCAAACCCGCUGUCCAAGGAGGGAAAGGAAGCCAAGGCCUCCAAAGACCCCAAGCAGUCACAUUUGUACACGGAUGAUAACCCCGAGACGACCUUGAAGGGAACCGGCUUUAAGGAUGUGGAGACAGCCAACAAGACCAUCGCUCUUGUUUCCAAGAGGAGCCUGACCUACCAGCGUCAGACUAUCAACACCAUGUUCAACCGAGCGAAGCACCAUCCCAAGAAGACGGACGACAUUAAGGCUGCCCAGGCCGUGUUUGAGAAAUGGCUCAAGGAGACAUACCCAAAGGCGAAAUCUGAACAGCGCGAGUUCAAGCCUGUCUUGGCCAAGAAGACAAUGGAGACAGUGCUUCCGCUGCUGAAGGAGGCCAAGGGCAUCGAUACCACCUUUGCUGAGACAUACGUCGCCAUGGAGGCCAGGAAGCGCCUCGCAAACACAUUGGUGGACGAUAGCCAACCGGGAGAAGCCGACUGGGACAAGGCGAGGACGACUGCCCUUAGCGAGCUAGUUCCAAGCGAGUCCGACGACGUCUCAGAAGACAAGCUGUGGGACGAUGAUGGCAAGCCUUCAACGUACCAUUUGAGCCUCAUUGCUUGGGCUUGGUCACCUGCGACGGAGUACAAACUCCUUAAAUCCGUUCGUGAGUGA